AUGCAUUCUCUUCUUCUUUGCUCGUCCCUGGUCGGACUUGCUUCUGCAGCAGAGCUCGAAAAGCGCCAUGGAGGAGGGGGCUGGGCGUUUUAUGAGAUGCUCAACGAUGAUCUCGCUCGUCUCACUCUGCUGGUUCUUGGCCUAAUGGCUGCCUUCAUUUAUGUCUGGAAGAUGUGGCAUCGUCUUGCCAGUCAUAUGAGGCGACUGGCAAGUUUCAACAAUGAACGCCAGCGGUACUUCGUUCACCCCGACAGCAUGCUCGCGAAAAUCAACAACCAUAUCAUCUAUGCCCCGUUGUUCCGUACCCGCCACAACCGCGAGUUUCAGCUCUCCCGAGCUGUCAACAUGGGCACGCUGCCCAGUCGGUUCCAUUCCUUCAUCCUGGUGGGCAUCAUCGUCAUGAACAUCGUCCUUUGCGUUGUUACAGUACCCUAUGGGUCCGAGGAGUCCACGGUUGCGGGCCUGAUCCGCAACCGCACCGGAACCAUGGCCACAGUGAACCUUAUCCCGGUGGUGCUCAUGGCCGGCAGGAACAAUCCCCUGAUCACCCUGCUUCAGGUGCCGUUUGACACCUUCAAUUUGAUUCACCGCUGGCUCGCUCGCAUUGUCGUCUUGGAGUCGAUCGCCCAUGUGUUCGCUUGGGCGGUUCCCAAGGCCCAGGAAGCCGGUUGGGAUAUCGUUGGGAUGGUUUUUGGAGAGAGCAGCUUCAUGCUGAGUGGAUUGAUCGCUGCCUGCGCCUUCACUGCCCUCCUUGUGCACUCUCCCUCCCCCAUUCGCCAUGCAUUCUACGAGACCUUCCUUCACCUCCACAUCGUGUUCGUUGUGCUUUCGUUUGCCUUCCUGUGGAUACAUUUGGAUGGUAUGGUGUCCCAGAACUACCUUCUCGCCGCCAUCAUCCUCUGGGCUCUCGAGCGAGCCGCUCGCAUCCUCAUCAUCGUGUACCGUAACUGCGGAAGGGAGUCCACGACAGCGCAGGUCGAGGCCCUGCCGGGCGAUGCCCUGCGAAUCACCCUGAAGAUGGCACGGCCUUGGACCUUCAAGCCCGGCCAACACAUCUACCUGUAUAUCCCAUCCAUUGGUUUCUGGAUGAGCCACCCCUUCUCCGUCGGGUGGAGCGAGGCCGAGGAAUUCCCCGCAAGCGAAAAGGAGACAACCAUUUCCUUGCUGAUCCGUCGCCGCACUGGCUUUACCGAUAAAUUGUUCCAGCGUGCUCAGAGCUCCGCCGGUGGACGGGUAACCUUGCGAGCGUUCGCAGAAGGCCCGUAUGGUAGCAUUCAUACCAUGGACUCCUACGGCACGGUCAUGCUCUUUGCAGGCGGUGUCGGCAUCACACAUCAAGUACCAUUUGUGCGGCAUCUCGUCCAGGGCUUUGCCGAAGGGACCGUGGCGGCCCGUCGCGUUACCUUGGUCUGGAUCAUCCAGUCCCCCGAACAUCUCGAGUGGAUCCGGCCCUGGAUGACUAGCAUUCUGGCGAUGGACCGCCGUCGUGAGGUCCUCCGGAUCAUGCUGUUCAUCACGCGCCCGCGCAACACCAAGGAAAUCCAGAGUCCCAGCGCUACCGUUCAAAUGUUCCCGGGCCGCCCUAAUGUUGACACCCUGAUCAACAUGGAGGUCGAGAACCAGGUCGGAGCAAUGGGAGUGCUGGUAUGUGGAAACGGAAGCCUGAGCGACGAUGUUCGACGGGUCUGCCGCAAGAGACAGGACCAAACGCAGGUGGAUUUCAUCGAGGAGAGUUUUACCUGGUAAGGUGGCUGGUGGAUGGCCGCCUUUUGAGUGAAUGCUCACUCGGCCCCCAUUCGUGUCUCAGCACAUCGACGCUUGGCGGCCGUGUUCCUCGAUUAUCCACAGCCUACGGACUACCUGUGUGUUGGAUCCUCUCGGUGUUUUGUUGGUUGCUAUUGGUUUAUACUUUUAUAUAGCUAGGGUAGUAUAUAUAGUUGCUCUUUGUAUGGCUUGGCUCUGAAGCUUGCGAUU